AUGGCGGACAUUUUCAAUGAAGAGUAUGAAAAGAUCAAGUCAGAGCCAUGCACAGGUCUCCACAGACACCUGGAGCCCUUUGUCGUUGGUAUCAGGAUCUUUUCAGACUCUAUCCACCUGACCAGUUUUGGCGAUGCUUCUAUAUGGCCGAUCCUUAUGUAUAUCUUCAACCAGUCAAAAUACACCAGAAGAAAACCUAAAGAAUUCGCUGCACACCAUAUUGCGUAUAUCCCUAAACUCACAGACACUUUUCAAGAUUGGCAUCAGCAACAGUUUGGCAAAGCUGCGACAUCUGAAAUGCUCACCCAUAUGAGACGCAAGGUCAAUACAGGUGUCUGGGGGCUAUUGAUAAAUCUAUAA